AGGUAGGUGGACCAUGAAUGUCACGUGAUUCUGUCUUAGAAGGGAAGUUGUAGCGUUGCUUCUGCAAGCAGUUUUGCAAUGUAAGGUUUCUCUUAGGAUACAGUUAUUUGAUCUCUGCAUCCAAAGGUCGUCUACAUCCAAAAAGUUGUAGGAUCAUUUUCACCACAGCCAUUGGUUAUCAAAACAAAUGUUUACCAAGGUCACAGAAGCAUCAAUGAACAUCUUGGGAUGAAAUAAGAAAAUAUACACAAAAUCACUUCUGGCAUUGUGAAUGCCGAGCACAAACAUGUUCAAGUCUGCUUCCCGUAACUCUCAGCUGCUGUUGUUGGAUCAGAAGUGUGCUAAAUGUCUGUUAGAGACGUAUGUCAAGCGGAGUCUCAGUCUGAAUGAGGGAUGCAGGAAAAAUCUGAAACAUCUCAACAGGGUGAAAAGGGAUGAACAAGGAAGCCAGGCCAGACGUGCGUCCAGUGACACCUCCACCCACCGCCUGUCCGUAGAGAAGCAUCUGAAGAUCAGCAAGUGCACUGAAUGCACAACAUCAGAAUCUGAUUUACGUUGUGAGAGCCUGAAAGGUCCAAGCAAGACCAAGAGGCAUUCUCUCUUCAGAGGCUUUUGCAACCUCUUCUCUAAGAAGAAGUCUGACCUGAAGGUGAAUGGAGAAGUAGUUUCAGAAAUAGAUUGUGGACAAUCUACAGCAGAACGGGGCGUUGACACUUCUUAUGAAAGCACACCCGGCCACACUAAGAGUUUGAAAAAAAAGCACUCUCUGAAAAAGAUCUUGUUCAGCAAUCAAAAUGUUGAGCAGAGAGAGUCAUUACAAACAGACUCCACUCGUUGUUUUGGCGAUGAGGAAGGGCUUUCAGAUGUAAGUGUGGGCUCCAGUAAUAUAUACUUUGAGACGGUGUCAGAGGAAUUGGAGUUGAUUGUGAAGAAGAUUCAGUUUAGUCCAAAAGAUGAUCCUGGUCAACUGCCCUCUGCUGCUUGUUUAGGAGAUUACAGCUCUGCAGGUGAUGACACUACAGAGAGGAUUAUCAGCUUGCUGAAACAACAUGGAGAUAUUAUUGAUCAAAAAAUCAGCAAGAACAAGAGUGUCCAAGACUUCCUCCAGAAACUGACUUACAGCUCAUUCCAGCAGCUGGCAGAUAACUAUGUAGCGCAGAUCCCCAGUCCUCUUCCCCAGACCACAGACGCCUCCCCUGAGCUGGUCAGACUCGCCUUCACCCUGGACUUUACUGCCAAAGUGGCUGGACUGUGCAGCCAGACGGUCGGUCGAAUCAUGGGGUUCGGUUCUCAAUACCUCCAGGAUUCCUUCACACAAAUGUGUGCGGCCCAUAGACAGGUGCCUGAAGAUUUGGAAGGACAGAAUACCUGUGAUCCAGACUGACAGCUUAUUACUGUGAAGCCAAAAACACCAAACAAUGCAAUAGGGUAAAUUCAGGGAAAACAAAAUGAAAACUGUGAUAUAUGUGCAGCUGCUUUUGUGAACAAGCCAAAUGUAGUAGUGUGUAGUAGUAUUACAAGGACUGAACCUGAUGUUGAAGCUGUGAAUAAGAAAUGUUUCUUGGGUGCCAAAUCGUCAUAUUAGAAUGAUCUCUGUAGGAUCAUGUGACACUAAAGACUGGAGUAAUGAUGCUGAAAAUUCAACUUGAAUUACAUUUUAAAAUAAAUUCACAGUUAUUUUAAAUUGUGAUAACAUUUAUUGUAAUAACAUUAAAUUGUAACAACAUUCAAAUAAAUGCAGCUUUGGUGAGACUAA